AUGGCUCCUAAAUCUGGUUCAUCUAGCUCCAAAAAAAAGCCAUCCGCAAGUUCUAAUGGUGCUGAUAUAAAAGUAACUAAGUUUAGAUCGCCUGCUGAGUUUAUCACCAGGCCACAUCCCUCAGGUGAUUAUGGAAAGGAAACAUGUACAGCAUAUGUUCAUCCCAAAGUACUCUCCUCGUUGGAGAUAAAUUCGGGUUCAUUUUGUACCGUCAGUAAAGUCGGGGAAAAUGGUAUCUUAGUAAUAGCUAGAGCGGGUGAUGGAGAAGUGCAUCCUGUUGAUGUCAUUACUCUUUCCGAAACCAUACGAUCUGUUGGAAAUAUUAUUCUUGGUGAUCGUCUAGAGUUAAAGAAAGCCCAGGUGCAGCCACCUUAUGCUACAAAGGUCACUAUAGGUUCUCUACAAGGAUAUGACAUUUUGGAAUGCAUAGACGAGAAAGUAAUUCAGAAACUUUUAGAUGAUACUGGAAUUGUGAUGCCUGGAAUGAUUUUUCAAGAUUUGAGUGCAAAACUAGGUGAUAAAAGCAUUGAUAUUGUUAUUACAGAUGCAAGCGAUGAUUCGCUUCCUGACGUCAGCCAAUUAGAUCUCAACUUGGACGAGGUUUGCGGUGGCUUAGAUGGUCAGUUUUAUCUAUCUCCACCUUUUAUAUUUAGGAAGGGUUCCACGCAUAUUACAUUUUCCAAGCAAAUACGAGCAAAUCGCAAGUACAAUCUUCCGGAGCCUAUAUCCUAUACAGCAGUAGGCGGUUUGAACAAAGAGAUUGAAUCAUUGAAAAGUGCUAUAGAGAUACCUCUGCACCAACCAGAACUAUUCAGCAGUUUUGGUGUUUCUCCUCCUCGAGGUAUACUGCUCCACGGGCCCCCAGGUACUGGUAAAACCAUGCUUUUAAGAGUUGUAGCAAAUACAUCCAACGCACAUGUAUUAACCAUUAACGGCCCCUCAAUUGUCUCCAAGUAUCUUGGAGAGACUGAGUCUGCAUUAAGAGACAUAUUCAAUGAAGCCAGAAAGUACCAGCCUUCAAUCAUUUUCAUUGACGAAAUCGAUUCAAUAGCACCAAAUAGAGCAAACGAUGACUCCGGGGAAGUUGAAAGCAGAGUUGUAGCUACUUUGUUAACUCUAAUGGAUGGCAUGGGUGCUGCUGGUAGGGUAGUGGUAAUUGCUGCUACAAAUAGACCUAACUCGGUUGAUCCAGCUCUUAGAAGACCUGGUAGGUUUGAUCAAGAAGUAGAGAUUGGUAUACCAGAUGUUGAUGCAAGAUUUGACAUUUUAACUAAGCAAUUCUCAAGAAUGUCCCCGGAACGUCAUUUAUUGAAUUCUGAAGGGAUCAAGCACAUUGCCUCUAAAACGCAUGGUUACGUUGGUGCCGAUUUAACUGCUCUCUGCAGGGAAUCGGUCAUGAAGACGAUACAAAGAGGACUGGGGACAGACGCUAAUAUAGAUAAGUUUUCAUUGAAAGUUACAUUAGAAGACGUGGAAAGCGCAAUGGUGGACAUCAGGCCCAGUGCAAUGAGAGAAAUUUUCUUAGAAAUGCCCAAAGUGUAUUGGUCUGAUAUCGGUGGCCAAGAAGAGCUUAAAAAAAAGAUGAAAGAAAUGAUACAAUUGCCUUUGGAGGCGUCCGAAACUUUUUCCAGGCUGGGAAUCUCAGCACCAAAGGGUGUCUUACUUUAUGGGCCACCAGGAUGUUCCAAGACGUUAACUGCAAAAGCUCUCGCUACAGAAUCAGGUAUCAAUUUCUUAGCCGUGAAAGGCCCUGAAAUCUUUAAUAAGUAUGUAGGGGAAUCUGAAAGGGCUAUAAGAGAAAUUUUCCGCAAGGCACGUUCUGCAGCUCCAAGUAUCAUCUUUUUUGAUGAAAUUGAUGCCUUAUCUCCUGAUAGAGACGGGAGCUCUACUUCCGCAGCCAAUCACGUGCUGACAUCUUUACUCAAUGAGAUUGAUGGUGUUGAAGAAUUGAAGGGUGUCGUUAUUGUUGCGGCAACGAAUAGGCCUGAUGAAAUAGAUGCUGCUCUUCUAAGGCCUGGUAGAUUAGAUAGGCACAUUUAUGUGGGCCCUCCAGACGUAAAUGCUCGCUUAGAAAUAUUAAAGAAGUGCACAAAGAAAUUUAAUACGAAAGAAUCUGGAGUUGAUCUUUAUGAAUUGGCAGACCGCACGGAAGGCUAUUCCGGAGCUGAGGUUGUGUUACUUUGCCAAGAAGCAGGACUGGCUGCUAUUAUGGACAAUUUGGAUGUCACAAUGGUGGAAUUACGUCACUUUGAGAAAGCUUUUGAAGGAAUUGCUAGGGGCAUCACUCCAGAAAUGCUCUCAUAUUAUGAAGAGUUCGCUCUCAGAAGCGGUUCAUCAUCUUGA